AUGAGCUAUGAGUAUGAGAACCAACUAGGAGAAGAGUUGGUUAAUUUUCUUGAAGUUAACAUUAAUGAAGAAGAGCUAGUUAAUUUUCUUGAAGUUAACAUUAAUGAAAAAGAGCUGGUUAAUUUUUCUGAAGUUAAUAUUAACGAAGAAGAGUUGGUUAAUGUUAAUGUUCAUGAAGAAGAGUUAGUUAAUAUCCUUGAAGGAGAGUUGGUUAACAUUAAUGAAGGAGAGUUAGUUAAUGUUAACAAAGAGUUGUCUGAAACAAGUGUAAUACAAGUAACUAAUUACAUAUCAACUCACUUUUUAAGUAGAUAG